AUGCGGGGCGUCAUGGCGGCGCAGCUGCGCGCCGCGCGCGCUGCAGCAGCCUCUGGGGACGACGCCGCCCUGGUGGACCCGCGGCCCGUCUUCGCGAGGAGGCCCUCGAGCGCGUCGUGCGCCACGCGGCUCACCGAGCAGGCUGCCCGGCUGCGGCGCUGCGGCGCGGAGUCGCCCCCCAGCCGAAGGGGCGCAGCGCAGCUCCGCGGGCCGGGGCCGGCGGCCUGCUACCCGCCGCCCGCGGCUCCCGCGCGCGCUGGCGCCGGGCGGGUAGAGGAGCCCCUGGCGCUGCGCCUGGAGGAGCUGUCGCAGCGCCUGGACGGCUUCGAGCUCCGCCUCGGGGACCUGACGCGCGGUAUCGACGACGAGGUGGCCGAGCUCCGCCAGCAGAUGCAGGCCACCCGCGCCCCGCCACAGGCGGCGCCGCCGAGGCCCGCGAGGCCCGGACUCGGCGACCACGCCCCCCAGGGUGCGCCGCGGGCCGCCCGCCGCGCCUCUGCGGAGGUGCCGCCGGCCCAGGCCUGGGCCGCGUCGCAGCCGCAGCGGGCCGUGUGCCACGAGCAGGUGCUGGCCGAGGUGCUGCAGGCGGCCGAGGCCGCCAGCCGGUGUGCGCAGGACGCGGAGCGCGCGGCGCGCGCGUCCGAGGAGCGGCUCGAGCAGCUGAAGGUGGCGAGCGAGGGGGCUGCGCAGCGCGCCUCCCAGCUGGCGGCGGAGGAGCAGCUCGUGCAGCUGAGGGCGGCGUCGGAACGGGCCUCCCAGCGGGCGGCGGAGGUGGCCGGCGAGGUUGCCAGCGAGGCCUGCAGGGGGCUGCGGGAGCAGCUGGCCUCCGCGGAGGCCAGGCUAGCGCAGCUGCUGCAGGAUCAACGCGCCGACCUAGAGGAGCAGCUCGCCAGGUCCGCGUCCGCGCCGCGCUCGGCGCUGAAGAACGUGAGGAUCGCGGAUGAGGAGCGCGAGGUGUUCACCUACCGCGUCCGGCAGCCCAAGCCCAAGCGCUCCAGUCCGGGCGAACCAGAUGCCGGAGGCGGCGGUGCGUCCCCUGCUCAAGGGCCGGCCGACGAAGGCGGCGGUGGCGCGCCUGGCGCGGAGAGCGCCGCGGCGCAGCGCGAGAAGGCGGCGGCGGCGGCUGCGGAGAUGAAGCCCGCCGCUCUCUCGCUCGUGAAGGGCAUCACCAGCCGCGUGACCGCCGCCCUGGCCAUGCAGGAGGAGCCAGGCGUGGGCGAGCAGGGCACGCACCCGCCGCUCAGCUCGGGGGUGCCGAGCGCCGCGCCCGCGGGCAGCAGCGGCGUGAGCGACGGCGGCGCUCGAGCGCCCCAGGGGGCGCUGGUCAGGGCCGAGAUCCCUGCGCUGGUGCUGCCCUGGCUCGACCCGCUGGACUUCCUGAGGUGCGCGGCGCCCCUCGGCCGCGCAUGGUCGCUGGAGUGGUACGUCGAGGCCAACGGCGCCGUCGUGGUCCCGCGCGACGCGGCGACCAUCAACGAGGGCAUCAAUGCCUCGGCGGGCAAGGUGGCCGGCGGGCCUCGGCGUGGUGGCCUCGUGCUCGUGCGCCCGGGGACCUACAAGGAGGCGGUGCGUGUGGCCUGUGGCUGCCACGUGGUCGGGCUGGGCCCAGGGCAGGUCGUCGUCGAGGAGCCCGGGUGCGAGUCGGCGCUCGUGCUCGUGCAGCAGGUGUCGGCCUGCGUGCGCAACCUGACCUUGCGCUGCCAGAGGCCCGAGAACCGCGGCAAGGUGGUCUACAUCCCCCACGGCCGGCCGUUGCUGGAGCGCUGUGUCGUCGAGGGCGGCGUGCACGUGUGCGGGGCCGCCACCGCGCCCACGCUGAGGCGCUGCCGGGUGCUGGGGUCGCCGGGCGACGGCAUCCACUUCAGCGACGGCAGCCAGGGCACCGUCGCCGACUGCGUCGUGGAGGGCCACGCGCGGCACGGCGUGCUGGCCGACCGCGGUGCGCGGCCCGAGCUGCGCGGCAACCGCAUCGGCCGGAACCGCAGCUGCGGCGUGCGCUUUCUGCGCGCGGCCGCGCGGGUGGAGCCGGGCACGGAAGCGGUCUUGGUGGACCCCCCCGCCGGCUUCGAGCAGGGAAACAGCUUGUUCGAGAACGAGGGCGGCGACUACUCUGUCGGAGACUUCUUUUUCGAGGGGGAGGAGCAGGCGAUGCAGGAGGACGAGGACGCCGGCAUGCUGCCCGGCCUCUUCGAUGACUGA